UGAUUUAGUGAGAGGUAACUUCUCAAGUGAGUUGUUGUUCUUGAAUGUACUGAUUUGAUUCUCUGUUAUUUUCCACUGACUCUCUGAGAGCAGAGUUUCAGGGAGAAAGGUAUUGAUUUGAGUCACUCUGAAGAGGUGAACCAUGAAGCAGAAACAAAAAAGGAAACAUCUGGAAAGUACAUACUUUCCCGAAACUUCCAAGAAGUCAAGAGCAUAUAUGAAUUUAAAAGUUCUGCAUCAUGGACACAAGGGAAUGACCCCAACUCAAGACCAGAUAGCAAGGGGAGAUUCUUCCUCUUCAGAUUACUUCUCCUGCAUCUCUUCAGAAAACAUGUUUGCUGGUGCUGGAAUCCCAAAGUCACACAAGUAUGAUCCACCACCUGAGUACUCUUUGGAAGACAGUACUCUGGUCUCUGAGGCAAAAGAUGGACACUCUGCAUUGAAAUACUUCUCCUAUAACUCCUCCUUUCACCGUCACCCUUAUGUUGAGGUCUUAAAAUCAGGUGAAGAAGACUCUUCACAUUCUGGACCCUCUAGGUUGGUCCAGUUCCACAACCAGAUGGCAAAGGUUUCAGGCUCAGAACAGAUCUUCGGUGUCCCUUCUCCAGACAGGCCCAUUCCCAGUGAAGUCACGAAAGGUGAAGAGGAUGUCCCUCCUGCUGAGUCAUGUGUAGUGGUCCCUGCCUGCAAUCAGGCAGCAGAAGAAAAGUCCUCUGUCUCAGAAUACUCUUCCUGUGUUUCCUCUGUACGCAAGCUCGUUCCUGUUGAUGAGUGUGGAAUCCAUCAAUUACAUCAAGAUGUUUCUUGUCUUGGAUACCAGUUGGAGACUUCCUCCCCCUUUCCACAUGUCUCCUUCCCAUUCCAUUUUGUCAGUGAUACUAAGUCCUCUUUUACCUCAGAAGACAUGAAAGAGGAAAGGCUCAUGACAAUUUACUAUAUGCGUGUCCAGAUGAAAAGGGGAGUGGCUGCCUUAUGUGACACAGAGGAAGGACUGGAGCCUCCCUCAAAGAAGACAAGAAUACAAAAAAUGACCUUUAUUGAAAAGAGCCCUACAGAAGCCACCCUCUCUUAUGUGGGUACGAAGGAACUCCUGACUGACAGUGAGUCCAGCUGGAACAACAAAGACCAAGAGGAACAGGAGGAGGUUGAGAGUCCAGCAGAACCUCCAGCUGUAGAUGAGUGUUCCAGGGCCAAGACGCCCGAAUGGCUGGUGUCCCAGGAUAGUGGUGUCAGGUGCAUGGGCUGCUGCCGGGUCUUCCCCACCUUAGAGGUCCUCCAGCAGCACGUGCAGCAUGGGAUCAGUGAGGGCUUUAGCUGCCGUACUUUCCAUCUUACCUUGACUUGGCUGAAGAGCAAGAAGAGCAGGAUAGAGAAGAAGAGGAGGAAGAGGAAUAAAGUCAGGAAGAUAAUGUACCAAUGCCAGAAAGGAAAGCAUUUUGGCAUGAAAUCUUCACGCAAAUAAACAGACUACUUUUCAGCCCCUAAAAGAGAGGAAGUAGAGUAGGCCAUACUCUACUGAGGGGGCUUCAUCUUCUCUAAACAGCCCUAAUACCCACUGUUGUUUAUUUACACCCACCCCCACCCUCACCACUAUCACCACACCACCCAUAGGAGCAGAGAACCAUUUUCACUUUUACCCACUCCUCUCCCAAGAAGGAGGAAGAAGAAGGAAGGUCACACCUUGUGGAACAGCAAGAUGUUCUUGAGCCAACGAAAGAACAGUGAACACCAGUAUAUCAUCGCCACCAUUACAGUUGAGAAAAAAAAGACUCACUGGAAGGUGGCAACUUCUAGGGGCCAAAUUAUAGAAGAGCAACACAGACCCAUGGCCCAAAGAUUUCAAGUGAUGGUAUCCAGUACCUUCCUACAGUCUGAUGGGAGCACAAAAGUUCUCGUGAGCCCCAUAGCAGGGAGGGCUGGCUGUAGAUGGAUGUCCCUGAUCCUUUGCAGCUGCUCCCAAGUUACCCUGGUAAAAUGUGGUGCCCGUGUCUGGAGAAAAUAUCCACAUGGACCUGUGAGGAGCCCGAGGAACACCAGGAAUACUGUGCACUCAGGAGAUCUGCAAGACAACUUUCCUGCCCCUGCCAGCCCACCCCUCCAGGAGUUCGAUGCCAUUGCAGACAUCUGCAAGGUUGCCUUGUGGAGAAGAGGGCGAUAUCCCUAGAGAGAUCUUAGUACUGUGGAAAGCACAUUUCUCAUACCUAGACCUUUCACUGGUGCAACAGAAGGUUGAUGAGGACUUGGCAGGACUCCAGGGAGGAGAUUGCUAACUUGACAGAAGGUUUAAAAGGAUAUGUCAAUUUCUUUCCCAGUCUCAGUUCUACUUGUAGCUUCUCAGGUCCCUUUCAUUUAGUGGAGGCUUGACCACCUGGCUUGUAGUCUUAUUCUCCAGCCCAGCUGUCACUCUUCAACCCACCAAAUGUAUUCCCCUCCUCCAUACCUUCUAUCCAGAAUACGUGUAGCAGAGCAUGAACACUGACGGAUACAGAUGGUACAGAUUGUCAUCCAUACCUUUUCACCCACACAUUCCCACCAACGUAGUCUUUGUUAACAACUUGACUUAUUUUUCGAUAUCUUUUUCUUUAAACGCACAUAUACCUUUCCCCUACAUUUCUCUAACAUGCUCACCCACACAGUUAUUUGCCUGGGGAGCCAUUCUUAUCAUUGAGACAGGAAAAGCUAGUGUACAGAUGAAACCAAAAGUAAAGAAAACCCACUCCUUGGCUUUCAUGAGCUCGUGCACGUGUAGGUGUACACACACUUCUUACACGGUCAAAGUAGGAAGGAUGGAACGUAUGACAAACAUCAGAGACGAUCAAGUAUAUGUACCCAAGGGUGUCCCAAAAGUCAUAGCACACUUUAAAGCUUAAUCAUUUUAGAAACCUAAAAGCUACCAAUUUUUGAACAAUAUAAUUUGCAUGUUGAAUUAUUUGCAUGUCACUUAACACUGUAAUUAUACAUUUUCAAAGAUAAAUUGUAAUUUUUCUUUGUCAUCUGCCAUCUUCAGUCAGAGGGACAGAUACACACAAAAAAAAUGUUUUUAAAGCAUUACAGUUCACAAAGCUAUAUAAGGGAAAUUAAAAUAGUUCAACUUUCAGAUGGUGUUUAUAAUUUGUAGCUUUUGCAUUUCUGGUAUUACUAAAGCUUAAAACUGACCUAUGGCAUUUGGGACACCUAUAUGUAUAUAUACAGUAUAUCCAGGUGUGUGUGUAUAUAUAUAGAUACGUAUGUGUUUAUAUGCAUAUAUAUAUCAUAUAUAUACACAUCUCUUCUAUAUAUAUGUAUAUAUCAUAUAUAUAUAUAUAUAUAUAUAUAUAUAUAUAUAUAUAUAUGAUUAUCUUGAAACUAUUUUUAUGUCUAUUGCCCCUAUGGAUAUGUACAUAUAAGAAGUGUGUGUGUACCCGUGUGUCAUAGAAGGGGUGGAUUAUAGUUGCUUUUGCUUUCAUCUGUGUAAUUCUUUUUCCUGCUUCCUUUGAUAAGAAGCUCUACUUUCUGGCCACAAAUAUAUGGGCAAGUAAGUCAGACUAAUGAAGUGAAGUCCUUACUUCGCUACUUGGCUUCCAUGAUUCACCCUGGGAAUAAUCAUCAGUCUGGGUUGUACUGAUAGCUUGGAAAAUUAAAAUAGAGGAGCUGGAGACUGGGGCAAUUGGUGGGGAGUUAUCCUUUGUCUGCAACUCAAGGUCUAUGAGCCUCUAAGACUGGACACGCUUCAAUUCCUCCUUUUUAGAAGACCUGGCUGUUUUAACUAUUAGUUUAAUAUGCUAAGCACCCCCACUAACCACUUCAAUAAAUUCUUGUUUUGUUUCCAUUA